AUCUAAGUUUCUCCUCUCUCUUCUCCUCCCCGCCUUCUGGAGCAUCGAAGCCUCCAACCGAGUCCUCGUGGCCACACGACGACGACGCGUGGAUACGAUGGGUGCAAGCCUUCCCUCCAGCCGCCAGCCAGACCUGGCUCUGGUCUCCGAGGACGACUUCCCCUACGAGCAAGAUAUCCGACGCAAUCCGGGAAGCACCAAACCGUGGCUGGCCUACAUCGAAUACAAGCUUCAGCAUGGCACGGUACAGGAGCAAGCGUUCGUCAUGGAGAGGGCAUGCGUCCAGCUGCCCCGGUCGUACAAGUUGUGGAAGAUGUAUCUUCUAUUCAGGACCAAGCACGUCUCCAAGCUGAACGCCGCCAUCUUUGCUGCCGAAUACCAGAAAGUGAACGCCCUGUUCGAGCGGGCGCUUAUCCUUCUCAACAAGAUGCCCAGGAUAUGGGAGAUGUACCUCAAGUUCCUGAUGCAGCAGCCCCUCGUGACUUUCACGCGGCGCGCCUUCGACCGUGCGCUCCGAGCGCUCCCAAUCACCCAGCACAACAGGAUAUGGGCAUUGUACCGGCCGUUCGCGAAUUCGGCAGAAGGCAUGACGGCAGUCAAGAUCUGGCGUCGUUACAUGCAGGUCCACCCCGAAGAUGCCGAGGACUUCAUCGAGUUGCUGGUCCAAACGGGGCUGCACACCGAGGCGGUCCACAAGUACAUCGAGAUCCUCGACAAUCCGCGCUUCCGAAGCAAGAACGCCAAGGGGCACUACGAGCUCUGGAGCGAAAUGGUGGAUCUUCUGGUCGAGCACGCUGUCGACAUAGAGACGGGCCACGAGACGGGCAUCGACGUCGAGGGUAUCAUCCGGAGCGGCAUCGAACGGUUCAGCGACCAAAGGGGAAAGCUUUGGUGCGGCCUGGCGACUUACUGGAUCCGGCGCGGGAACUUCGAGCGCGCGAGGGACGUGUUCGAGGAGGGCAUCACGACCGUCAUGACGGUUCGAGACUUCACCCUCGUGUUCGACUCGUACGCCGAAUUUGAGGAAUCCAUCAUUGGCGCGUUGAUGGAAGUUGCCUCUGCGCGGGCCGAGAAGGGCGUGGUAGACGAGACGGCCGACUUCGACCUGGACAUCCGCAUGAUGCGCUUCGAGCAUCUCAUGGACCGUCGGCCUUUCCUUCUGAACGACGUCCUCCUCCGGCAGAAUCCCAACAACGUGGCAGAAUGGGAGAAGCGGGUCGCCUUGUGGGGCGACAACAAGGAAGAGGUGGUUCAGACGUACACGGACGCCAUUGCCGCCAUCCAGCCCAAGAAGGCGGUCGGCGCAUUCCACCAACUAUGGGCGAAUUACGCCAAGUUCUACGAAAAAGGGGGGGACUUGCGGAAUGCCCGGAUCAUCAUGGAAAAGGCGGUCAAGGUGCCGUUCAAAUCGGUAGCCGAGCUGGCUGACAUGUGGAUCGAAUGGGCCGAAAUGGAGCUGCGGAACGAGAACUUCGACGAAGCCGUCCGGAUCAUGGCGAAAGCGGUGCAAGCGCCCAAGAGGUCGACGGUAGACUACUUCGACGAGACGCUAUCGCCGCAGCAACGGGUGCACAAGAGCUGGAAGCUGUGGAGUUUCUAUGUCGACCUCGUGGAGAGCGUAGGCUCGCUCGAGGAGACCAGGAAGAUCUACGAAAGAAUAUUUGAGCUGCGGAUCGCCACGCCGCAGACCGUGGUCAACUACGCAAAUCUCCUCGAAGAGCACAAAUACUAUGAGGAGUCGUUCAAGAUAUACGAGCGCGGCCUCGACCUCUUCAGCUACCCGGUGGCCUUUGAGCUCUGGAAUCUCUACCUGUCAAAGGCGGUCGACCGGAAGAUCAGCAUCGAGCGACUGCGAGACCUGUUCGAGCAGGCGGUGCUCGAUUGCCCGCCCAAAUUCGCCAAGGUCAUCUACCUGAUGUACGGCAACCUCGAGGAGGAGCGCGGGCUGGCGCGCCACGCCAUGCGCAUCUACGAGCGGGCCACGCGCGCCGUUUCGGACGAAGACCGGGCGGACAUGUUCAACUUCUACAUCACAAAAUCGGCAUCCAACUUCGGCCUGCCGUCGACACGCCCCAUCUACGAGCGGGCCAUCGCGACGCUGCCCGACAACGAGGCACGCGACAUGUGCCUCAAGUUCGCCGACAUGGAGAAGAGGCUGGGCGAGAUCGACCGGGCGAGGGCCAUCUACGGUCACGCGUCGCAGUUCUGCGACCCGCGCACGAACCCCGACUUCUGGGCCAAGUGGGAGGAUUUUGAGGUCCACCACGGCAACGAGGACACCUUCAAGGAGAUGCUGCGCAUCAAGCGGAGCGUCCAGGCGCAGUACAACACGGACGUCAACUUCAUCGCGUCGCAGGCGCUUGCCAGGAGUCAACAGCAGAAAUCGCAGAACGGCGGCGAGCAAGUCGACCAGGAAGUAGCCGACGCCAUGGAGCAGCUGGAGAGGCAGGCGCGCGCCCCGGCCGGGUUCGUGGCUGCUUCGGAAGGGAUCAAGGGAAGCGUCCCCAGCCAGCCAGCCGAGGUCGCCAACCCCGAUGCCAUCGAGCUCGACGAAGAUACAAACGAAUGACAAGCACCUUUGUUUCCUUUGUUACUCUGGCUGCAUGGGGCGUAUUGUAUUUCCGAAGGGAUGCCAACAAGGCAAAACACACUCUUAUUCUCUAGAAGCGGACGGCGUCGGCAGGAUAACUGGACAUCUUCAAUGGUUAUCACUAUGAUUUGGAAUCUUGAGCGGAAAAUGCAUCGUCA